AUGCCCCGAGCUUUCCUGGUGAAAAAAACGUGCGUUUCGGACGGGAACUGGAGCGAGCUCCCCGACGAAGAACGAGGAGAGGUGUACGUGCCAGGUGAGUUGGGUCUCAGGCCCCCACGCCCCCAAAAGCAGUACCCCGAGCCUUCGGUGGCCGAGCCGCCAUCUUUCCAGAUGCCGCUGGACAUGACCAUCCGCAACUCCGUCUACGCGGCGGCUCAGGGAAGUGGCGGGUUAGGGCAGUGGCCGUCCGAGCGGAGCAUCAAACCGAACCGCUUUCUUGACCUCCCGCAGGUGAGCCCGGCUGACGGUCCCGUCGAGCAGUUUUCCUGUCCGUUUUGUCAAAAAGCUUUCUCCUACCAGCGGAUGCUCAACCGUCACCUCAAGUGCCACAGCGAGAUCAAACGUCACCUCUGUCCCUACUAACAAGGGUUUAACGACACGUUUGACCUCAAGCGACACGUUCGGACGCACACAGGUGUGCGUCCUUAUAAGUGUCAGCUGUGCGACAAAGCUUUCACCCAGCGUUGUUCCCUGGAGUCCCACCUGAAAAAAAUCCACGGGGUACAGCAGAGUUACGCCUACAAGGAGCGGCGGGCUAAACUGUACGUCUGCGAGGACUGCGGAUCGACGGCCGACAGCCAAGAAGGACACCUCCGACACCUCCAGGAGCAGCACCCCGACAGCCCGCUACUCCGGAAAGCCUCGCGCAAAGCGGCUACGGGCCUUCACGGUCUCAUGGGCACCCGAAUGUUUCAUUGCUGGGUAACAUCGUCAGAAUUAGAAUGA